CGCUGCUUAGGUCAGUUUAGAAAAUUACAUCGCCCGGAUAACAUCAAAUUAUUAAUAAUUUUUUUGAAAUGAAAUUCGGAAUAAAUUUUCCUUACCUUCUUACAUAUUUUCUAUUGAGUUCAAAUGCUCUAACCGAAGCUGUGAAAAUCCUUGCCCUGUUUCCAUUUCCGGGUCCUUCACAAUAUAUUUUGGUGCAGCCGUAUUUGAAAAUGUUGGCCUCCAGGGGGUAUGAGGUGACAUCGGUCAAUGCAUUUCCACAGAAACAGAAAGUGGAGAAUUUUCGGGAUAUAACUGUAAUGGAGGUGCAUGAUAACUAUGCAGACGUCAUAUCUGGCGCCCAAGUGGAACGCAACAAAUGGGGUGAAAUGACAUUUCUGUCGGAAUUUUUUAUGAACAUCACCGAAACGGUUUUGAAAAAUCCGAAAGUUCAAAAUCUGCUCAAAAAUGAACAUUUCGAUUUGGUGAUAAUGGAAACGUUGCACACAGAUGCCUGGUAUAGCCUGGGUAGGCAUUUUGGAGCGCCCAUGAUUGGCAUAUCUUCUUUCGGAACUGAUCCCAUAAUUGAUGAGCUAAUGGGUAAUAUGUCACCAUUCUCCUAUACCCCCCUGGUGACAAUUGGCUAUACGGAACACAUGUCGUACACUGAAAGACUGUGGAAUACAAUUUAUCAAUUAAUGGAACUGCUGCAUGUCCGUUGGGUUACCAUACCUCUUCAGCGGCAAUUAAUGGCAAAAUACAUGCCCCACAUCCAGGAAGAUGUGUGGGAGUUGAGAACCAAUUUUUCGCUGAUGUUGUUGAAUCAACAUUUCUCCCUUAGCUAUCCCCGGCCUUAUGUGCCCAGUAUGGUGGAGGUGGGUGGAUUUCAGCUGCACUACAAACCCAACCCAUUGCCACAGGAUAUACAAGAAUUUUUGAAUUCCUCCCAAGAGGAUGUAAUCUAUUUCUCCAUGGGUUCAAAUGUCAAAUCCAAAGAUUUCCCACCCGAACGCCUGCAAAUGAUAAAUGAUAUCUUCCGCAAACUGCCCUAUAAAAUUUUGUGGAAAUUUGAAAAUACCCAUCUGCCAGGAAAACCUGCUAAUGUGUUCAUCAAACCCUGGUUUCCACAACCUGAUGUGCUAGCCCAUGCUCGAGUAAAGUUAUUCAUAUCUCACGGCGGCCUCCUCAGUACCUCGGAGUCAGUGUAUCAUGGCAAACCCAUGUUGGGCUUGCCGGUUUUCUAUGAUCAAACCAUGAAUAUCAAUAAAGCUAAACGGGCCGGCUUUGCUUUGUCAGUGGAUUUUUAUACACUUCCCAAGGAGGAAUUCGAAAACACUAUUUUGGAAAUGAUGAGAAAUGCCAAAUAUUUUAAGAAAGCCAAAGAAAUUUCCAGAAUUUAUCAUGAUCAACCUGUAAAGCCUUUGGACUUGGCUGUAUUUUGGACGGAAUAUGUUCUGCGCCAUCGGGGAGCACCACAUUUACAGUCUCCCGCCCAAAAAAUGAAUUUCUUCAAGAAGCACAGCAUUGACACGGUGGGUGUUUUAAUUGCAGCUGUUGUGCUCAGUGGAAUCUCUGUGGUUUUUAUAAUUUUAAGUGUUUUCAGAUUUGUGUUUUCCAAGAAAACAGAAAAGCAAAAAAAUAAAUUAAAUUAAUAAAUAAA